AUGACUCCUUGGCCGGCCUUUUGGAAGCUCUUCAAUAGCAUUCAAAAGGGUCAUCAUGAGAAUCGCCUUGCCCGCGCAGACUACCACGCUCUUAAGCAGGCACUACCCCAUCUGAAGCGCCUUGAGAGUCUUGUCCUCACUAAUCGCACUGCUAAUGAUGGUAUUGAUAAUGGCUUCCAACAGGGCGCUCAAAGCCUUGAGUCGUCUAGUCCUGUCUUCAAAUUUUGGAGGCGAUUUGAAUCCAAGACGUACUAUCCGGUGUCUUUCGCUCCGAGAUGUGACUGGGUGCCGACUAGCAAAAGCCUCCUAGACAAAACACCGAUCUACGGGAUAGAUUGUUUGGACGAUCGAUUGACCGACGACAUCACGCCAUGCGGAGUACCAAAUACCCUGGCAGGCUCACCUGCCUUCAAAGAACUUGUCAGUAAAAGGUUCUUCGAUAAGGAAAUCAAUGGUCGCCAAGAUUUGACCUACUGGGAAUCUUUCUUGUAUGAGCGUGCCGAACGCCUAGAAAGAGCUAGCACAUACAAAAUCUUUAUUCUGGCAAGGGAGGCCAGGGUGCUACACCUUGCUCUCUUAGUCCUUGAAGAUCAAACAAUGCAGUCUCUACUUACAGAGUUUAGAGUCGAUGCAUCUUGCGACAUGCUUAGCAUAGACUGCUCGCCCGGUCUAGCUAUCACCCUGUUCGCCAAACAGUCACCAUUUCCUACCCGACUAGCCAAAGGGUUCAGCGCCACGAACAUAACAAAGUUCAAUCUGACUCUUGGAACCGGUGCUCCGCUUGAUCUUGAGGAGCUGUUCUUCGAGCCUCAUGACAUACACCACUUUUCCGCCAUCCCAACAGAAAAGACUCUCCCAAGACUACGCAAGAUCACAUUCAACUGCGGAUUAAUGCGCUUGGAACAAUUGUUCAAAUUCGUUCGAUCCCAUGGUGCGACAUUGAAGUCACUUGUUGUCGAGCACUGCAAAAUCGCGCUGGAGCCUGAGAACGAACCUCAAGACAUGUUACCCAUGCUCAUCUCUGAGCUGCGUUCUCUCCACCCUGAUGGCGCACUAAAGCUUGAAAACGGCCUAGUCAGCGAACUGUUCCAUGGCGCUGUGCCACAAACCUGUUGUGCGAAAUUGUACGGAUUCAGAGAUGAGUACAACGUCACUUGGGACUAUGAGGGAAACGGAGUGUGGGAACGACGAGAAGAAGUAGACUCGGAAGAUGAUCUAUAA